AUGAGUAUUGAUGGAAAUCCUAAUAGUUUCAAAAUCACUUUAGAUGAACAGAUUACUUAUUUAGAAAAAGAUUUCAUUAUUGUGUUUAAGAGUAAAGAUCUUGACCAAUCAAGAGCUUUCGUUGAAUACAAUCCUGAAACAGAAACAAAUUGUGUUAUGUUAACUUUGGUUCCGAAAUUCACGUUAAAUACAACCGAGUUAAUAUUCGUUAUCGAUAGUGACGGACCUAUGAAGAGAGCUGCGCAAGCACUUGAAUUAUUAUUACGAUCUCUUCCUGAGGAUUGUUACAUAAUAUCGUUUGGAUCUCGUUAUGACUCUCUUUUUCCAAAAAGUCAACUGUCUAAAGCUCUUAAUCUUGCUCAAAUGAUGACCUCAAAUUACGGUGGAACAGAAAUUUUCAGGGUAUUAAAUUGGGCAUUUGAAAAUUCAAGGAAAGAUAUGCCAACUUCUGUAUUUCUUAUUACAGACGAUGAAGUUCGGAAAGUUGAUCAAUAUACAAGUGAAAAUGAAGAAAAGAUGAAUGAUGAUUUACGUCUUUUUGCAUUAGGAAUUGUUCAUUCCGUUUCACAUAAUUUAAUCGAAUCUAUUGCUCGUGCUGGUAAAGGAUAUGCUCAAUUUGUAACGAAUAAUGAGAGAAUGGAUAAAAAGGCUAUCGAAAUGUUGAAAAACGCGGUAAAAUCACCGAUCAAAAUUACUUGGACUGACGCUAAUGUCUCGGAAUCAACAGAAAAGGAAGGGUCCGAAGUGGAAUCUCCGCCACCACAAUUGAGUAAUAUCUUUACUGAUAUUAAGAUUAAACAGGCUCCACAUUUCAUUCCACCUCUUCGUAAUGGUGACCGAUUUGUUGUUUAUUGCACGUUGGAAAAAAGCAUUGAACCAUGUAAAGUUAUCACUUUAAAUGGCUCUAUGAAACUUGAUAUUUCUUUAGAACCUACUACUUUACAAGGUUCGAAGAUUCAUAAAUUAGCAAGGAAACUUAUUAAAGAUCUCGAGAAUGGAGAGUCAUUUCUUCAUAGGCAUCCUAAAAAUGUUG